GUUUAAGAUGACCUUUAUGUAUCAUACGUAGGUGGACAGAUCUUGAUAACGCCUUAAAUGAGUGUAGCGAGACCUUCCAUCUUCUACCUAGCCCCGGGGUUCGACUGGGGUCUGACCGCAUAUCGCCAAGGAUCGUCACUCAUUAUCUCGGCUGCGCGGGUGGCGUGUCUGCAUGUCCGGGGGUUGAUAAUACGGAUAAUACAACGCUAUCUCUCUUGUCCUGCCUAAAGCAAUAAUAACGACAACGGAAGCUAGAUAUUGACCAAUGCCAAGCGGGCCUCUGAUUAUUCUCUCAAAUAUAUCCUCUCAAAUACGGGCGUAUCGCCCUAUUUUUGGAUUGUGUAUGUUGAUGACUCCUGUUUAUUGGAAUCUCCUCUAACCUAGAGGCGCAUUUUCCAUCGUUACCAUGGUUCGUCGCGGUGCUGUCGCGGGCCUACUGGCCCUUGUCUCUUCGGUUGAGGCAAUUCAGAGACACCCCUUGCCAAUUAGCGAGCUUGCGAAGCAGGUCAAAAGUAGAGAUGCGUACAACAGUCUCAGCGCCAGAGAGCUCGACCUUCAAGCCAUUUACCCAGAAUACAAUCUCUCGACCCCGAUUGACCAUUUUCACAACGACUCCUCUUACGAGCCGCACUCCAAUGGCACGUUUAAUUUGCGAUACUGGUUCGACACGCAAUAUUAUAAGCCAGGGGGUCCGGUGAUUGUGCUCACGGGGGGAGAGACGGAUGGAGCUGGUCGCCUACCCUUCCUACAGAAAGGCAUCGCGUACCAGCUUGCGAAAGCGACGGGCGGAGUAGGGGUCAUUCUCGAGCAUAGGUACUAUGGAAAAAGUAUUCCCGUGCCGGACUUCAGCACCGAGAACCUGCGUUUCCUUACUACCGACCAGGCCCUGGCUGAUACCGCUUACUUCGCUAAAAAUGUCAAAUUCGCCGGCUUGGAGGACGUGGAUCUGAGUCCUGAGAAGACACCUUGGAUUGCCUACGGCGGCAGUUAUGCCGGUGCUUUCGUCGCGUUCUUGCGAGUCGUAUACCCGGAUGUCUAUUAUGGCACUAUCUCAUCUUCUGGCGUCCCCAAGGCUAUCUGGGAUUACUGGCAAUACUUCGAGGCUGCCGCUGUUUAUGGGCCACCGGCAUGCGUUGAAACUACGCAAAAGCUCACGCACAUUGUGGACAAUAUACUUAUUGGUAAAAAGGGCACUGACUACGUUGGGCAGCUUAAAGCAGCUUUUGGUUUGCCCAAUGUAACGCGCGACGCUGACUUCGCCAGUGCCAUAAACGGCGGUAUCUAUGGGCUGCAGAGUCUAAACUGGGAUCCUUCGCAGAGCGACGAUAGUUUCUUUGUUUACUGCGAUAAGGUCUCAUCGGACGACGUGCUGUAUCCUGGAACAGAGGCACGCAGGGCAUCUAUUGAAGAGUUGAUUAAAAUCGGCGGCUACGAAGACGAGGUAGAAACUCUUGCAAACCGAUUCUUGAAUUACGUUGGCUACGUAAACCAAACUUCAGUUGCAGUAUGUUCCGGUGACCAGGAUGCAUGCUUCACUACUUACGACCCGGAAUUUUACGCCCAGGAUGAUAUUUCCCAAACCUGGAGGUUGUGGCAAUACCAGGUCUGCACUCAAUGGGGUUAUCUUCAAACCGGAAGCGGUGUCCCUGAGGACCAACUCCCUCUCAUCUCACGUACCAUCGACGUAGACUACUCGGCUUUGAUUUGCCGAGAGGCUUUUAAUUUGACCAAGCCAGCCGACGUCGAGUACAUCAAUAGGCUCGGCGGAUUCAACAUCAGUUAUCCCAGACUUGCUUUUAUCGAUGGUGAGUGGGAUCCGUGGAGAGCAGCAGGUGUGCAUGCCAUUGGUCUUCCCGAACGACCCAACACGCUAGACGAGCCCUAUAUCCUAAUAGAUAGGGCGGUCCACCACUGGGAUGAGAACGGUCUAUUCCCUAACGAAACGACAGCGGACCUACCGCCAGCGCCAGUUGCGGACGCUCAGAAGCAGAUCGCGACAUUUGUGCAAAAAUGGGUGCAAGAAUUCACGGGUAAAUACUAGCAGCAGGUGCCUGUACUUGCACUCGUCAACCACGGGAAGCUGACGGGAGUAGCAGGUGUUGUAACGGAGUCUGAUGAACUAUGACAUAGCUAUUAAAUACUAUAGCAAUAUGCAGUAGACUCAGUAUUAUGUCGAACUUGAGCUCAUUUAUUUCCGCAUAAUUAACAGCUGUAACCAAUAGCCACUAAACCACAGGGAUUGCUGGAUGCAUAAAGCACUUAUCAUAAUAAGCUCCGGUAUGUUAACCGAGCGGUACGUAGGUGAUUCAGUGCCAUUUUCGAAUAGCGUUAGGAUGGAUGACUUGAUAUAUGUAUCACUUCGGGUUAACUACCUGUUUUGAGUCUUAACUCCUAGGUUGGUUAAUAGUUUGUCCGAAUAUUCGUACGGCCAUGCCUGAUGGUAGCUAUAAUCUAGACAUUGUUAUAUUCUCAACUUAAUUUAAGUACUUUAGGUAGUUAAUCAACCAGUAAUCUGAGAUCCGUGUAAAGGCGAGCUAUUAUUCUC